CGGAGUGUCCCCUAGAAUAAGGAGGAUGCUGAAAGCGAGUUUGGGCGCAGGGAUGAAGAAAUGGGGGGGGGGGGGGCGUUUCCUUUGAUGGGGCUGCAAGAGCAUGGGAGUGGGUGCAGUUGAUGAGACUCCUAUGAAGAUGAAGGACCUGGUUACGAAAUGGCUGUAUCAAAUGAUGAUGAAGCACUUAUUAACAAAAAACUACCGAAAGAACUACUUCUAAGAAUAUUUUCCUUCUUGGACAUAAUUACUUUGUGCCGAUGUGCACAAGUUUCUAAGUCCUGGAAUAUUCUGGCCUUGGAUGGAAGUAACUGGCAGAGAAUAGACCUUUUUAACUUUCAAACAGAUGUAGAGGGCCGGGUGUUAGAAAAUAUUUCCAAAAGAUGUGGUGGGUUCCUGAGACAACUAAGUCUGAGAGGCUGUCUUGGGGUUGGAGACUGUUCUUUGAAAACAUUUGCACAGAAUUGUAGAAACAUUGAACACUUAAACCUUAAUGGAUGCACAAGAAUUACUGAUAACACAUGUUAUAGCCUUAGCAAGUUCUGCCCCAGGCUGAAACAUCUGGAUCUGACAUCUUGUGUUUCCAUCACUGACAAUUCUUUGAGGAAUUUGAGUGAAGGCUGCCAAAGUCUGGAAUUCUUAAAUCUUUCCUGGUGUGAUCAGAUUACAAAAGAUGGGGUUGAAGCACUAGUGAAAGGAUGCAAUGGAUUAAAGGCACUGUUUCUACGAGGAUGCACACAGCUAGUAGAUGAAGCACUUCACCAUAUUGAGAAUUAUUGCCAUGAACUUGUUCUCUUAAACUUGCAGUCAUGUAUGCAAAUAUCAGAUGAAGGCAUAGCGGGUAUCUGUAGAGGAUGUCACAGACUCCAGUCACUUUGUGUUUCUGGUUGUACAAACCUUACAGAUGCUUCUCUCAUAGCACUUGGUUUGAACUGUCCAAGACUGAAGAUUUUGGAGGCUGCAAGAUGUUCUCACCUCACAGAUUCUGGUUUUACACUUCUAGCAAGGAAUUGCCAUGAACUAGAAAAGAUGGACCUAGAAGAAUGUGUUCUGAUAACAGACAACACACUGAUACAACUUUCAAUUCACUGUCCUAAACUGGAAGCUUUGAGCUUGUCCCACUGUGAACUAAUCACAGAUGAUGGGAUUCUGCACCUGAGCAACAGCACAUGUGGGCAUGAACGACUUCAGGUAUUAGAGUUGGACAACUGUCUGCUAAUUACAGAUGUGACUCUUGAACACCUUGAGAACUGCCACAACUUAGAGAGAAUUGAAUUAUACGAUUGUCAACAAGUCACCCGUGCAGGCAUCAAAAGAAUAAGAGCUCAUCUACCAGCUGUGAAAGUUCAUGCUUACUUUGCUCCAGUAACUCCACCUCCUUCUGUAGGAGGUACUCGACAGCGACUCUGCAGAUGUUGCGUUAUUCUUUGACAGGUAAAGAGCUGAGAUGAUAACCAUUCAAUGAAGGCAAAGAGUGACUGGAGUCGAUUGGCCAGAAUCAAAACAUUGCCAUCCAAGCCAUCAAAUUCUGCAUUGGUUGCAACUCCAAUGUAAGUUGACAAGUAAAAUAUAUUUCAUGAAGAUGUGAAUAAUGCUGACAUCCUGUUUAUUCUAACUUUUCUGCUACUGUAAUCCAGAUUUGGUUUCAGAUUGGUUCUACUGGCUGAAUUUUUAAAAAUACCAAAGUAGAAUUCAACCACUUGAGUAGUAAUUCCAGUUCAAUUGACAGUGAUUAGAACAGUCUUCAGCAGAUGUAGCCAAAAAUGAAUGUUUCAUUAUGAGACCAGAGUUUUUUUAAGAACUGUCAGUUAAAUUGAUCAUAGUUCUAAGUAUUUUAAACACAUGUCUACACUUUCACGAAGCCAAAUUAUUGUAUCUGCUGAAUGACAGAAUCUGCCAUGCUAGAUAAAUUUAAGAAGCUGUAAUAACAUUGUAGCAGAUUGAUAAACAAUUCUUGAAAAAUUCUGAAGGACUAUUGUAUGACGAUGGUAAAACAACAUACAAUAUAGCUGCUGCAUGGGCCUUACUGACAGAACGUUUCAGCAAGUUACAGUGUAAAUGAAUUUCAGCCCAGGAGGGUAUCCUACAUUUGAAUCUACUGUGUGUGUUGAAAUAUAAACAACUGCAAGUCUCACAAAUUUUUAAAACGCCAGACAUGCUUUCAGUACAGCUCAGUGCUCAAGGACAGGGCACCUGCGACACUUGCUGAAGAGACACGUCUUUUCCCUUUGCAAGGAGAAAAUUCUUCAGCCCAUGUCGUUCACACAUUCCUACCUUAAGAUGACCUAAGCCCCCCCGGUGGCCAAUUUUGACCUACCAGAUUUAUACUCAAAAUUGGGAUGCAAUUGUGUGCAAUUAUAUAUACUUUCUUAACUGGAAGUAAACAUAAGUCAAUUACCCAAUAACUACUGAAUAUUUUCCUAUUAAAAUACAUUUUUGUAAGAUUGCUAGAGUUGGAAGAAAUAUGUGCAUACUUUUAAAAAGUCAACUUACGGACUGUACUUUAUGAGCAUUCCAAAUUACUUAAUGUUAUUUAAAUUUUGCUGACAAAGAUUAUUCAGAUGCUUUAGCUAAAGGGGGAAGGCAUUUGACUGACAGAGAAUUUUAUAACAGGUGUUAAAUGUGUUUUGGAACAAGGUUUGAAAUGCAAACUACAUAAAAAUCAUUUACAAAGUACCCUGGGGGUAGACAUCAAUACUGUGUUGACAGCAUCAACAAUGGGAUACUCCUACAACUGGUAAAAUAUUCUACAGCAGCACAUAUCUAUGAUUUGCUAUCUGUCUAUGGUAAUCAAAUUGUAAAUGAAAAACAGCUUGUCAAAUCAAAUUGUGUUGAUGUGUGGCUUUAUAAGUCAAAUGUUUAUGAAAGUUAAAUUACUUGCUCCAAGUAAAAUAAUUUGAUACAGGAUACUAUUUAAAUAAAGUUACCCAUAUUUA